AUGGCACCGUCAACUAUGCCGCCACCUCACGACGACGAAUACCCCAAUGGACGCGAGGAAACUCCCGCAGAGGAUGUCGACAACCCUGGCGGGACUGGGCAAUCAACUUGGAGCUCCUCUGACGUUCUUCUGGAAGGUGGUGAGGAUGGGUCCCGAGCCAGUAUAUCGACCGGGGCGUCCUCCCGAGAACGCCAGUUUGAACACGUCGCUCCUGAAGAUCGAGCGGAGCUUCACAGAAUUGCUUCGUCGAUUGGGGGUAGCGUGGCGUUCGCAAGGUCGCAGAGUAUCCCGUCAGCUACAAUAGAGCAACGUAACAUGCUUGUGGGUAUGGAAACUGGAGAUCCGGUCCUCGAUCCCACGUCUCCGAGAUUUGAUGUCUACAAAUGGACCAAAAUGAUAGUAAGAUUGAUAGACGAGAAACAUACCGUCCUAAGGCGUGCUGGUAUAGUGUGGAAGAAUUUGAAAGUGUGCGGAUCAGGGUCUAAGAUCAAUUAUCAAAAUACCGUCGGCUCUGUACUACUGGCUCCUUUGAGAAUAGGUCGGGUUUUUGGCAGGAGCCCCGAGAAGUCAAUUUUAAACGAAUUUGAUGGAGUGCUUAAGUCUGGUGAGAUGCUCGUUGUGCUCGGUCGACCCGGAAGUGGUUGUUCAACCCUGCUCAAAUCCCUGAUGGGGGAACUCCACGGUCUAGAUAUGAAGCCACAGUCCGAGAUUAACUACAACGGAAUUACCCAAAAACAAAUGCGCAAACAUUUUAAAGGCGAGAUGGUGUAUAAUCAAGAGGUUGACAAGCAUUUUCCACAUCUUACAGUACGGCAAACACUCGAGUUCGCCUCUCGAGUUCGUACCCCACGAGAACGACUUGUCGAAGGUCUUAGCCGUGAAACAUGGGCUGAGCAUAUGGCAAAAGUCAUGAUGGCCGUAUUUGGGUUAUCGCACACAGCAAAUACGAGAGUUGGUAACGAAUUCAUUCGUGGCGUGUCUGGUGGAGAAAGGAAGCGAGUUAGCAUAGCAGAAAUGGCUCUGGCUAGAUCACCGAUCGCUGCAUGGGACAACUCAACUAGAGGGCUUGAUGCUGCCACGGCUCUGGAAUUUACAAGGUCACUCCGUAUGACGUCCAAUCUCCUGGGGCAAGUUCAUUUGGUUGCAAUAUACCAAGCCUCCCAGGCUAUAUAUGACGAAUUUGACAGAGCUGUGGUGCUUUACGAGGGGAGGCAGAUAUUUUUCGGACCUUGUGGUAGAGCCAAACAGUACUUCGUCGACAUGGGCUGGGAGUGUCCGCCACGACAGACUACUGGAGACUUCUUGACAUCCGUCACCAACCCAUCAGAACGGACAGCUCGCGAUGGGUUUGCGGAAAGAGUGCCCCGAACUGCUGAGGAAUUCGAAAGAUACUGGAAAGAGUCGGCGGAAUACAGGGCCCUCAAGGUGGAGACGGAGGAGCACGAAAAAGCCUUCCCCAUAGGCGGUAAGACCUUGGAAGAAUUCUACCAGAGCCGGAAAGCCAUGCAGGCUAAACAUGUUCGUCCCGAAUCUCCAUACACGGUAUCCAUUCCUAUGCAGGUGAAAUACUGCACAAUACGAGCGUAUCAACGGCUGUGGAACGACAGAACUUCUACAAUGACCAUCGUAUUUGGCCAAAUAUUUAUGGCCUUGAUUAUUGGUUCUAUAUUCUAUGGUACGAGAAACGAUACUGCGAGCUUCUUCCAAAAAGGAGGAGUGCUGUUCUUUGCUGUCUUGCUGAACGCCCUUAUCGCCAUUGCCGAAAUAAAUAACCUAUAUUCCCAGAGGCCGAUCGUGGAAAAACAAGCAUCCUAUGCAUUCUACCAUCCUUUUACUGAAGCACUGGCGACCAUAAUCGCCGAUAUCCCAGUCAAAUUCGCUAUUGCGACCUGUUUUAAUAUUAUUCUCUACUUUCUGGCCGGUCUAAGACGCGAGCCCUCGCAGUUCUUCAUCUACUUUCUCUUCAACUUUAUAGCGAUAUUGACGAUGGGCCAAAUUUAUCGUAGCAUAGCUGCCGCAACUAAGACCGUCUCACAGGCUCUCGCCAUCGCUGGAGUCAUCACACUUGCAAUUGUGAUCUAUACAGGAUUCGUCAUUCCACGUCCACUGAUGCAUCCGUGGUUCAAGUGGAUAUCCUGGAUUAACCCCGUGGCAUAUGCUUUCGAGGCCCUGUUUACAAAUGAACUGCAUGGGCGACGAUUCGCCUGUUCAAUGCUGGUACCAUCAGGCGGUGGAUAUGUUCAUGCAGACAGCAAUUUCAUCUGCAACAUUCCCGGCGCAGUGGCUGGGCAGACCACCGUCUCAGGGGACGACUACCUCCAGAGCCAAUUCCAAUACUCAUACUCCCAUAUCUGGAGGAACCUCGGCUUCAUGUUUGCUUUCAUGUUAUUCUUCUUGUUCCUUUACCUGCUCGCUACGGAAUUGAACGCCGCCCCCCCAAGUACAGCAGAAGUGCUAGUUUUUCGACGUGGCCAUGUUCCCAAGCGCAUUUUAGCGGCCGAGCAUUCUGCAAAGCAUGACGAAGAGACACCCUCAACUGAAGCCGGCACGCUAAGUACGGGACUUGGGGAAGAACAGGCCGAGGAGGUUCAGGCAUUGCCACCUCAAAGGGAUAUUUUUACCUGGAAAGACGUCAGUUACGAUAUAAAGAUCAAGGGUCAACCACGCAGACUCCUGGACAACGUUACUGGAUGGGUAAAACCCGGAACUCUUACGGCCCUUAUGGGAGUUUCUGGGGCCGGAAAAACCACUCUUCUAGAUGUACUUGCUCAACGGGGUUCUAUUGGUGUAGUCAGCGGCGAAAUGUUGGUCUCAGGAAAGCCUCUGGAUGAAUCAUUCCAGCGUAAAACUGGAUAUGUUCAACAACAAGACCUUCAUUUAGAGACAACCACUGUACGCGAGGCCUUGCGGUUUUCAGCCGCACUCCGUCAACCUAAGUCAGUAUCAAAGAAGGAAAAGUACGAAUUUGUAGAGGGGGUUAUCAAGAUGCUUGCUAUGCAAGAUUUUGCUGAAGCAGUGGUUGGAAUUCCGGGCGAGGGGCUAAACGUCGAGCAACGGAAACUCUUGACAAUCGGCGUUGAACUGGCCGCAAAACCGGCACUUCUCCUUUUCUUAGAUGAGCCUACGUCCGGCCUUGAUUCCCAAUCGUCUUGGGCGAUCGUCGCCUUCCUGAGAAAACUCGCAGACAGUGGGCAAGCUGUGCUAGCUACUAUCCAUCAACCUAGUGCCAUCCUUUUCCAGGAAUUUGAUCGUCUUCUCUUGCUAGCAACCGGUGGACGAACUGUGUACUUCGGAGACAUCGGGAAACACUCCAAGAAUCUUUUAGAUUUUUUCGAGUCAAACGGGGCCGAUAAAUGUGGAGAUGAUGAGAACCCCGCUGAGUAUAUGUUAACUGUUGUUGGAGCUGGGCCAAGUGGUAAGUCAUCUAAAGAUUGGCCUGCGGUGUGGAGGGAUAGUGGCAUGAAGGAGAAAGUUCUGAAUGAACUGGCUCAAAUUAACCAAGAAAGCGUCAACCAAGGAAGUGGUGGCAAAUCAGCAGAAGAAACGUCUGGAGCUCACAAAGAAUUCGCUAUGCCAUUUAGAAACCAACUUUACGAGGUUACCCAUCGUGUUUUCCAGCAGUACUGGCGAACUCCAGGUUACAUUUAUAAUAAGCUCCUGUUAGGUGUGGCCUCUGCUCUCUUCAAUGGAUUCUCCUUCUACCACGCAGACUCGACUCAACAAGGCAUCCAGGACGUAAUCUUCUCAAUCUUCAUGAUUACCACGAUCUUCACGUCAUUGGUCCAUCAGAUAAUGCCAAGAUUCAUACUUCAACGGGACCUUUACGAAGUUCGAGAACGUCCAUCAAAAGUGUAUAGUUGGAAAGCAUUCCUGAUCGCGAAUAUCAUCGUCGAAAUUCCAUAUCAAAUUCUUCUUGGGGUGAUGGUCUUUGGGAGCUACUUUUACCCAGUGUACACCAAUGAUGGAAUUCCCUCGGGUCAACGCCAAGGGCUCAUUCUUCUUCUGCUCGUGCAGUUCUUCGUCUUCAACAGUACCUUUACUCACAUGCUCAUCGCGGCAUUGCCAGACUCGGAAACAGCUGGCCACAUCGCGACACUGAUGUUCUCCAUGACGCUGACCUUUAAUGGUGUCUUCCAACCCCCUAACGCGCUCCCCGGCUUCUGGAUUUUCAUGUAUCGUGUCUCGCCAUUGACCUACUUUGUUGCUGCAGUCGCAUCAACGGGACUUUCGGGUCGGCCCUUGACCUGCUCCAACAACGAACUCGCCAUCAUGCAACCCCCAGCUGGUAUGACCUGCGGGCAGUACCUCCAACCGUUCGGAUCCGCGACUGGUGGUAGCAUCUACAAUCCUGGCGCAACAUCCAACUGCCACUAUUGCGCCGUCUCCAACGCUGAUCAAUAUUUGGCAAGUGUAAGUAUUAGCUACAACACCCGCUGGCGAGAUUACGGUAUCGGCUUCGCGUAUAUUAUUUUCAAUGUUUUCAUGACGGUCUUGUUGUAUUACGUUAUACGUGUACGGAAGGGCUCUGGGAGGACCAUAGCGGAGCGAUUUGGGCCGAUUCUGAGGGUUUUCAAGAAGGAUCCUGAGAGGCGAGGAGGGAAGGUCGAGAAGCAGGAACAUGCAGAGGGAAGCAAUAUCCCGCCUUAUUUUUGA